AUGGCCGAGAAGGAGGACGGUGGCCCAUCGGCGACGGAGACGCACGAGAAGACCUGCUCGGACUCGUCGGAGGAAUCGGCUGAAGAGCCGACCGAGGCCGACCUCAAGCUCCCGAAGGCGCGCAAGUCCAAGAAGCCCGGCGGAGUGAUGGAAGUUGCCCUGCCCGAAGGUGUCGACGUGCCGCCCCCGGUCGCCGUCGUCAAGGAGGGCGAGGAGGGCAAGGACAAGGAGCCCGAGAAGAUGGACAAGCAGCCGAAAAGCGAUGGAUCUGGGAGUGAGCGGCAGAAGCGGAAGAAGGAGAAGGAGAACGACGAGGAGAAACAAGGCGGGCCCGAUCAGUCGGGGAAGAAGAAGAAGACCAGGAGGAUCAGCAGGGAUCGCAUCAGCGGGAAGGAGGAGGAUCGCGUCAAGGGCGACGACAAGAAAGAGAAGAAGAAGAAGAAAAAGAAGAAGAAGAGCAAGCGGCGCGACGACGACGAGGCGGCCGUCUCGACAUCCGGAAGGGGCAUCGACAUGGUGGCCGAGUCGCCCGACAAGAAGAACAAGAAGAGCACGAAAUCGGUGGACCGCGUGGCGCACAAGCUGAAGGAGCGGGACGAGGUCAAGCCGCCGCCGCAGAACGAUCUGGAGAGGAUGGCCGCCUUCCGUGAUCGUCUACAGGCCAGCUACAAUCACUUGGUGCAAGAGCCGGACCGUGGCAUCUACAACUCGCUGUACUACCACGGCUACGCCGAGCCGCAGUACAUCGAGGAGCAGCUGAAGCAGGUCGGCGAGUUCCUCGUCUGCAAGGUCUACCGCACGCUCGCGAAGGACAAGAUGGUCGAGUUGCUCUGCAUCGCUCUCCGCGGCCCGACCGACAUCGUCUACUUCACCAUCGUCAUCCACCGCAACAAGCAGUUCUACCUUGGCAACCGAGGCUUCGACAGCAUCACCGACAUCGUCAGCCAGUUCCACAACUCGGGCGAGCAGCUGCCGGCCCAGGACACCUCCGAGACACAAGGCGAGUCGGUGGCGGUGGCGGUGAAGGUGCUGAAGGACUUGCUGGCCAAGGAUCCGACGAAGAAACAGAAGUUCCUCCAGGAAGCCUACAUCAUGAUGAAGAUCACGCAGCACAAAAACGUGACGCAAAUCCACGGGAUCUGCACGAUGCGCAGCCCGCUGUACAUUGUGCUCGAGUGGAUGCCGAACGGAUCGCUCAAAUCGUACCUGAAGAAGAACGCGACAACCGACGACCAGAAGCUCGCCUUCAUGCAGGGAGCCGCCGCCGGGAUGGCCCACUUGGAGGAUGCGGCCAUUGUGCACCGCGACAUCGCGGCCCGAAAUCUGCUGAUGAACGCCGAUCUGACGGUGAAGAUCAGCGACUUUGGACUGUCGAUGGAGGAGAAGGCGCUCAAGCACAGCAAGAAGCUCGAGCCGGUGCCCUUGCCGACCAAGUGGCUCGCACCGGAAGUGCUCAAGAGCUUCAAGUUCUCGGUGAAGAGUGAUGUGUGGGCGUUCGGUGUGAUGAUGUGCGAGGUGUACACAGAUGGCGGCGACCCCUAUCCGGGAAUGGGCAACAAGGCCGUCCGCAAGAUGUUGCUGGAAGGAAAGGACCAGCGGUGGCCGAUUCCCGCUACGUUCCCGAAGCACAUCACGAAGAUCAUCCAGCGGUGCUGGCUGCAGGAGCCGAAGGAUCGCAUGAGCUUCAAACGAAUCGAGAAGGCCCUCUUGAUGUCGAAGAAGCUGGUCGGCGCUUCCAUGAUGACGAAGCCAACCGACCCGGGCGAGACGUCGAUGUCGAUGAAGCCGAGGCCGCGUCCCCGUCCCGGUGCCUCGGGACAUCGUCAGAACCAUUCGAGCCGUUACGGGUCCGAAGACGAAGUCAUUUUGCGGCAGCUGGGAUCUUGGGAUUUAUGGCAUUUUGACGCGCAGGACAUCUUCGAAAAUAUCUAUUUUUUACGACUACGCAGCAAAGAUCUCAAACCGACUUGUUUUGCAUUGGUG